AUGAAACGUAAAGGCAAGCAAAGGGCUUCAAAAUCUUCUGGUCGCUUUGGUUUGAAAAGUAGUUUGAAGGCUAAUUAUGAUGAUUCUCAAAUACUACGCUCCGAUUGUGGUUCAUCGGACAAGUCACCUCAUACGCUUUCUAAGACACCAGAUGAUACUUCCAGUGAAUCACUUCAUAGUCGUAGUCUUCGUAAUAAUUCCGGUGGAGAUGAUCAUUCAUCAUCACAAGUAGACUACAAUGGUCGUCGUGGAAAGGAUAGAAAAGAACGAAAUGAAGAUGUCGAUCAAAAUACAUUCAAAAAUUUUGCAGAUGACCGUAGCAGUGAAUCUAGAGACCGUGAAGGUUCAUUUCCAAUGGGACUCAGUAGUGAACAUGAAUUACCAUAUGAUGAUGAACCCGGUACUCGAGAAACCUCAUCGAAUAAGGAUCUCAGUGGGUCACAGAAUUCUGUUUUUGUUGAACCUCGUCAACCAGAUAAGGUCACAGCAGAUUACACUACCUCUCAUAUUCACAGAAAAAAACCUUCCACAGUAGACGAGUCAGUAAUCGCUGCCAUCGAUGAGUUAGCAGUUCACCUAAAGGAUAAUUGUAUGGUAGAAAUGAAGCCUAUUCCUCGUCGACCAAUUCCAGUUGCUGCACUACCCUUACCAGUUUCACGUCAACCUGAUAUACCAUCCCGUAGAGGUAUAGGAGCACGUAGAGGUGGUCGUAGAGGUCGUGGUAUCCGUCGUGGUGGUCUUUCUUCUCCCACUUCUGUCACUUCAACAGAACAAACAAUUCUUCCAGCCUCAUGGGUACCUUUAUUGUUACCAAACCCUUUACGAAAUCCUGUGACGUCAGAUUCAGACAAUGAAAGUUCAGAAGUGAAAUCUAGACUGUGUACACCGUGGCUUCAUCAGCUCCCAGAAUCACGUGUACAUCGAUUUGUUGUGAACAUGCGUCGUCUUCUGGUUACACUACAGAAUCCAUCAGAAAUUUCUCAUUCGCCUAAGAAACCUAUCAACCUUAUCGAUUUAACCAUAGACAAACAAAACACUUCUGAUUCAUUGGAUGAUAAAUUCAAACAAUCAACUCCAUUGAAUUCCAGUGUACAAAAUUCUUUGAACACAGUAUACCCAGAAACAAAUUGUGAUCAACUUUCUUUUCAAAGAGUUGAAGACACAACUCAACGGGAUUCAACUGUCAAUUUAAAUCCUAAUACUGAUUCUUCAACAAAAUUGGAGCGAGUGUUUAUUGAAGAUACAUUACACACUUCAUGUACUGUGGUUUCACAUUUAACAAAACGUCGAGGAAGAGGUAAACGACAUCAUGGAUUCCAUCGUGGUAUCUCUUCUGCAAAAUCCAACAACAACAACAACAAUAACAUUUGUAAAUCUAGUUCAAUCUCCCAGCCAAAUAUCGACCCUACUUUAUUAUGUACUAUUGAGAAUGAACAUGUUCAGAGUGGUCAUCUCUCUAUCCAAACACCUAAAUUAACUGCUCCUAAAAACAAAUCUCGUGUUUCUCGGGAACUUCGUGGUCUUGUCACAUGGGAUGCUGUAAUGGCUGAACAACGAAAACGCGAACAGGAACUAAAGGAAAUUGAAUCAAAAGGUUGUUCUGUUCCUCUUCGUCCAUCAGAAGUGACGUUAUCCGUUGUAACAGAACUGAUAGCUUCUGUGGAGGAAGAAAGUUUAACUCCUAAACUUCGUCGAACUCGACAGUCUAGCGGCAGUGCACCUAGUCAUACUACUCAUUCAGUUGUAGGCUCUGAGACGGCAUCAAUGCAAACUACAGUUGCUGCCUCCGAACCCACUGCCUAUGAAUUAACUUGUCGUACCAAACCAAGUGAAUCCUCUUCAAUUACUGCAUAUUCUGGACUUAGUACUGAGGCAUCAAGUGUAUCAUCGGAUAAUGUAACUGCUAUACAAAAACCAAUUGAUACCAAAAUCCCAGUUGAUAAUAGAACUGAUACAAACGAGGGUGAAUCAAGCGUAAAUCGUUCUACUUGUGAACACAGAGUGUCUCUUUCAGUUGCUUCGGAGACAAGUGGACAAAAUUGUGAAAUAGAAUCUGCAUGCAUUACCAAAUAUUCUCCUAUCUCCGUAGAACAAGAACCGAAUGAGUCUCAAAAUAUAUCUUUUGAACAAUUAGAAGAUAGUGUUCAUCAGUCCUCAACUGUGGUUAAACAAGAUUUCAGUCCUCAGAAGUCACCAGGUCGCCGUAGGAAAAAGAACAAAGGUAACCGAUUCCUGAAGUUACAUAACACCGACUCAAGUCUCCAGCCGGAAAAGUACACAUCUAAUGAUUCAUUAUCUUGUAGUGCUAUCCCUGGUGACUCUCAACAACAUCAACAGCUUGAUAUUACUAUGGCUGCUUCAGCACUUCCAAACUCUAUGAAUAAGCGAAGACGACAAGCACAACACUCAGUAGUCACAAAUACUGCCGAUAUGAUAGUUACAGAUAAUACCUUUUCAGAACAAUCUAUUUGUCCCACGGAAACAAAUAUUUCCGACACCUGUGAUAUUGUAACCACCUCUGCUUCAUCAUCAGUUCCAAACAGUUUAAGACGCUCUUCUGCUUCUCGUCAUUCAGCUCUUCCUCCCCGCAAACGCUACAAGGUUGGGAUAGAUACAUCUGACCUGGCUGAGACUCAUAUAUCCUCUGUUGGGGAUGUAGAUAAUCCUACAGAGUUUGCUAAAUCAAGCCCUGACGAGUCCAAUAUGACGGUGUCUGUUAUUAACUUAACUGGAAGUUCCUCAGUUGUUGAAACAGGUCAUCAUUAUAAUACUGAUGUUUCUUCUGUGCCAAAACGCGGCCGAGGUCGUCCUUCUAGACGUUCAGGAAAGGUGGAACCUAUUAAAAAUGUUGCAGUUUCCCCUUGUUUAUCUUCUGAUUCAGUUUCUGUAACUUGUGAUCGACCAAAACGUGAGGCCGCAGUGAUUGGUUUCGCUAGUUUGGUUGCUGCAAACUUGAAUAAUACAGGUGUAUCUGUAAAUUCUGCACCUGAAACACUAGAUACUACAAACAUUAAAUCAGAAAGUGUCAGUUUAUCCUCUUCUAAUUUACCUAUCAACUAUGCUGAACACCACCAACAACAACAAGGUGCAAUAUCAGAAAUACAUAUCAGUAAGCCAGUUGUACCUCGAGGUCGUGGUCGUCCUCCUAAACUGAAACCUAGUAAAUUGUCCAACACAGAAUUUACAUUAAAUUCUAGUACUUUAGAUUCAGGAAACAAGUUGGAACCAAUUUUAAGUCGUCCUAAGCGAUCAGCUCUUUCUUCCCAGUCAACUAUUGAUUCACCUCUAGUUGCAUCCUCCAUUGCAUGCUCACAACAACAACAACAACAAAAAGAAGAAGAAGAAGAAAAACAAGUUAAUACUUCUAAUCAACAGGUGUUUGAUAAUGAUAACAAACGUAUCGUUGUUAUUGAUGUUCCAAGCACUGAUAUCAUGAAUAAUAGAAAGACUAAAGAUGAUACUGUAUUAUCUAGUUGUAAAUCAGAUUCAAUACAACAAUUUUCUUCAUUGUCAAUGAAGUCAUCGAAAUCCCUUACUGUAUCAUCAAUAAAACAAAUGAAUAAAAAGCAAAUUAUACAAAUUGAUCAUAAAAUAAAACCUGUCGAAGUUCAUAUGACUAAUAAAAAGAGUAUGAUUAUUGGAAGAAAAUUCAAUAAGAAUGAAAUUAAUCAAAAACUUAGUCGGUUACCAAGUCGAAAUAGUUUUUUUCAUGAUUCUCUUAUUUCCAGCCUAGAUCAAAUUUCAUUCCUCAAGGGUCGAUCGUUAAGUGGUCCACUAUAUGAAUUAUUUUGUAAAUUUUUCAACGAACCUGAUCCUUUGGAACCGGUUUAUCGUCUUUGUGCUCCAAUAAUUUACUUACCAUCACCUGAUAGAUAUCCAGAAUUUUAUCGAUUCACCUUAUCUUCUCAUCUAUCGGGUUCUGGACUACAAGUGAAAUUUACAACAGACUUUAUCAAUCGUAUAUUCUCUCCAUUGUGUAAUCUGUCCAAUGAAACAAUUGAUGAUGAAAUAUAUCACAUUGAAUUCCCUUCAUUAUGCUUGGCUAGUAUUGCUUCAAGAUUUGUUAUGAAUCCUGUAGAUGAUUGUUCAUCUAUUCAUUCUUCUAUUAUCCCAUUGAACUUGAAACUAUCAGAAGUAGAAGAGAGUUAUUUUAAGAUAGUGACAAAUGUUGAUGUUAUGGAAGGUUUACACUUGUUAGAUUUAGCUAUGGAUAAUAUGUUUUCUGUUUGGGAAGCUUUCACUGGACGUCGUAGUUGGUUCGGUCGACGUUUAAUGCAAUUAAAAAGUGUCUAUGUCAAACAUCGUACUAAUCUAGUCGAGUGUUUGCAACUGGGAAACUGUAUAGCUAUCGCUAUGCCGAAAUCACUUGCACCAUCAGGAAUGAAAUUCCAAAACAGUAGUGUAAAGAAAAAGACUGAUCGUCGUGCUCUAGAACGUGGUGCUGAAGUUAUUCGCUGCUUAUGUGGUUUUCGUGUUGAAGGUGGUCAUGUUAUGGUUCAAUGUGAUCGUUGUGCAUCUUGGCAACAUCUACCAUGUUUAUGGUGGGCACUUAGUCUUGCUAUCAGAAAUGAUUCAUCAUCUGAUGGAAGAAAUUCUAAUUUGGCUUGUAUUUGUCAAACAGCUUUAAUUGCUGCUCAAGCUGUUGGUGGUGGUGGUGGUAGUUCAAGUGAUACAGAUAUAAAAUCAGAAGGUGAUCGAGAAGUGGAUGCACCCUACAUUUGUCCAGUAUGUUUAAAAUUGGAUAAUUUAACGAAAGAAUAUCCUCGUUCACUUUCAGCAGCUAUGACCUUGAAUGAUUUAGAUGCUGUUUUCAACUUACAAGACAGUGUAGUAAAAGGUGAACAUGAAUUUUGGACACUUGAAAGUCCUGAUGGAACUUGUCAAAUUCGUACAGAUGAUUAUGCAUUCAUUAAUCGAUUCUGGUUGAAUCAUUUGAAUACUUCACAAGAUCUUUCAAAAGAAGGAUCAUUGGAUAUAAAAUGCCUUUUAGAAAAAUCACAACAGUCUCCAGUGAAAUCAGCUUAUGAUCGUGUAAUCAUUCGAAUUUAUCGUCUAUGGAAGGAUAUUAAUGGUAUAGCCUGGUUAGAAGGUGGUUUAUUUCUUCGCCCAUAUGAUUUACCUCAAUCAACUAAUGUUAAAUGUCCACAAUAUUGGCAUCUUUAUGAAGUUGUCUAUGAUGAAGCUAGACGUGUUAUUCUACCAUUAAAUGCAUGGAUAGGUAGAUGUACAGUAUUAUGUCCUUCAGCUUAUCGAAUUGGUAGACCUGCUGAUCUUUUAUCAAUUGAACAUAUACAUGAAUUUAUAUCAAUAAAUGAAAAUUGUAAUAAUAAUAAUAAUACAACACCUAUAAUCGAUGAAUUACAACACUUUUUUGUUUGUGAAAAAUUAUUUGAACAAUCAUUCAAUGAAGGUGAAGAUUAUAGAUUUGAUGAAAUAUCACCUGGUUAUCUAAAAGUCAAUAUGAAGCCUUAUUGUUUUCUACGUAAACCUGAUAAUCAAUGUAUUCGUGGUAGUUUACCUCGACAAUAUUCAUCAGAUGAAUUACUCAUUCAAGACCAAACACCUUUCACAGUGUUUGUUAAAGAUGAUGAUGAUGAUGAUGAUGACAAAGAAUUUGUGAAUAAAACUUCACCUGAAGAGCCUACUGCAUCUGUAAGUAGUUCAAACAAUGAAGAGAAGAGUCCUGUUGUUACAACAAUGGGUAGUUUGAAACAAAAGGGUGAAAAACUUGCACGAGUUGUCGAUUGGCUGGAACGUAAGCGUCAAACUAAUGCUCUCCAGUCAACAAUAACAUCAUCACAAGUACAGUCUACAACACUUGAAAUUGUAACUGGUGUUUCAUGUUCAUCAAUUGAGAAUGAGUCAGUUGUAGACGAUGAGAUGCUAUCAGGACAUGAUUUAUGCUCUAGUAGUAGUCGAUUUCCAAGUCGAUCUAAUCGUGGAAGAGGAAGAGGUGGAGCUAAAUCAGUGAAAUCUACUCCAUCUAAUCCUAUAUCUUUUAGUGAACCGGUAAUCAAUGUUACAUUGGAUGAGAUAGUUUCAUUUUCUGAUAAAAAUGAAUCUAUGAAUACAUUAGCUAAACGUGCACGUAUAUCUGAGAUGUCACCACAAUUAGAAGAUAAUAAUAUAUCUGAAAAUAGUCUAGACAAAUAUUCAUCAUUAAUUGAUUCAAGUCAUAUAUGUAAUGAAGUUAAAAUUUCUUCUAAUCAAAUUUCAGAGGAUUCUAUCUCUCCUAAUGGUGUUAAUACUUGUAAAGAAGAAAAUAUUGGAAUUUCUUCAUCUGGUAGUAGUAUUCUAAAAACAUUUACUGUAAUAAAUAAUGAAUGUUCACCUGUAUCAAUGAAUUCGACUACAAAAAUUGAUUUUCAAAAUGAUGAUUCAAUGGAUCGUUUAAUGAAAUCAUUAUCAUCAUCAUCAUCAUCAUCAAAUAGUAAUAAUAGUCAAUUUACAUCACCUAAUCUAUCUAUAGAUGAUCAUUCAAUUAUAUCUUCAUCAUGUUUAGGAUCAUCUAGAAAACGUAAACGUUCAGUUACACGUAAACGAUUAAUUCCUGAGCCUACAGAAUUAUUGAAUCAUAUUACUGAGACGAUUGUACAGGAUAAUAAUAAUAAUAAUAAUACUGAUUCCUGCUUAACUGUUAUGCAUACAUCAAAAUCUCCUUCAAUUGAACAUGAUAUAAUAAUCCAUGGAAAAUCAUCGAUACAAUUAUGUCAACAUUAUUUAAUUGAAGAGUAUGAUAUUUGUUUAAAUUUACAACCAUUAAAUAUUAUGAAUAUUUCAUCUUAUCAAAUUAUUGAUGAAAUGAAUAGAAUAACUCUAACUAUGAAUAAACCUGUAGUUAUUUCAAUGAAUAAUAAUAAUAAUAAUUUACAAAUUAUUCCUUCUCAAUCUCUUUAUACUUUGAACAAUUCAAAUAGUCUUCUUUCCAAAGAUUCUAUAACAAUUAAUGAAUAUACAAAUCAUUUAGAAAUGAUUGAAGAUAUUCCUGAUGAAAAAUUAUCUUUGUAUAAUGAAGUAACAAUUAAUAAUGACUAUAAAAUAAUGAUAACUGAAGUUGAAAUGUUUCUUCCAAUUGUAAAUAAUCAAGCUACAUUUAUACAUCAAUGUCAAGAUAUUGCCUUAUCAAUAAACAAUCCUAAUGAAAUAUUUAUUCAUGAAAAAGAAUGUAAAUCUUUAACAAAAUUUGCUGUAGAAACAUUAGUUUCUGAAGAUUAUUCAACAAAUUUAAAUCAAAUCAAUUAUAAAUUAAUUGAUAAUUCAUUAUAUCAAUCCAAUGAAUUUAAUAAUAAUGAAAAAGUAUCCAAUGUUUAUUUUACUCAAAAUCCUGUAAAUCAGUCUACAAUAAUUGAAUGUAAUGAUUCACUUCUUAAUAAAGAUGAAAUACUACAAACUAUUGAUACUGAACCAGUAGUAGUAUCUUCAGUAAUGUUAAUGGAUGAUAAAUCGAUGCCUAUGAGUAGUAGUAGUAUAUCGCCUCAAAUCGAUAUUGGUACACCUUUAUUAGAUGAAAAUACUGAUCUCAUGGAAGAAAUAUCUAAUAAUAAUAAUAAUAAUAAUAAUAAUAAUAAUAAUGGUGUUGGUAGUAACCUUCCAGUGGAUUUACAACCGAUCAAAAUUACUGAUGAUGUGAAAGAGUUAAGUCCUCCUCGUACUGAUCAUCCAUCAUCAUCAUCAUCGUUAACUAAAAUAGAAACUGAACUACACAAGUCACGACAACACAUUACUCCUUCUUCUUCUUCAUCUCACACUAGUAAUAAUACUGGUAGUAGUAGUAGUAGCUGUUUGUCUAAAAAGCCUAGAGAAUCAUCUCGUGAUUACGGUGGUUAUUAUGAGAAUCGUCAUCAUUCACAUUCAUAUCGUAAUUCUUAUCAUCAAUCGAAAAGUUCAAAUAAUUUUGAUCAAUAUAGAUCAUCUACAUCAAAAAUUCCUUCUUAUUAUAUUCAUCAUUCUCAGCAUAAUUCACGUUAUGAUCGUAAACAUCAACAUCAACAGUUGAAAGAGAAUUCACAUCGACAUGAUGAAUACAAUUCACGUUAUCGAGAUUCAUCAUCAUAUCGUUCAAGAGAUCGUGAUGAUCAUACUACUAGUGAUAAUUCUUCAUAUUCAAGACAUAAUCAUGGAGAUAGAUCAAUAUCUAAUUCAUCUCAUCGUCAUCAAGAUCGUAUUUAUCCUACAAAUAAUCGUGAUUCAUCAGAGACAUCAAAUAUUGACUAUAUAUAAUUGGAUUAUAUUGUUGUGCAUUCUUACUUUCCUAUCAUGAAGUAAUAAUAUUCUCCUUUUUGGAUUCAUUAAAUUGAUUCAGUAAAACAAAUGGAUAUAAGUCGUCAAUAAUAAUAACAAUAAUAAAAAUAAUAAUAAUAAUAAUAAGGAGAACACAGUUAUAUAUAAUCAGGACUUACUUGUUGAAGUGUAAAGAAUUUCAGUAGAUUGAGUAGUAGUUACUCAUUCACUUGUUUAGGUAUACUAACAAGUUAACUUUAUUACAGUUAGUCGUUAUUUAGUCAAUACUAUCAUUAUUAUUACUAUUCUACACUUGUUUUGAUCGUAAAAGUAGACUUUCUUCAUCUUCCAACCAAUGGGAACACAUAACUCAAGCUUGAGGGUAACGCACAUGGUGAUGAUGAAGAAGAAAUUGUCUAUUUAACUAACUUCAUUGUUUUAAAUGACUAAAAAUUGUUCAUCAUCAAUGGUUGUUUCAAUUGUAUAACUGUACUGUAAUUGAUUGACACAUUGUCUUUUCUCUCCAUUGGCCUUUUCACAAUAGAAUAUGCAUAUAUGAAUGCGCAUAUACAUGAAAUUUUAACAAUGUGUCAAUCAAUUACAGUACAGUUAUACAUGCGAAACAACCAUUGAUGAUGAACAAUUUUUAGUCAUUUAAAACAAUGAAGUUAGCUAGAUAAACAAUUUCUUCAUCAUCAUAUGCGUUAUCCUCAAGCUUGAGUUGUGUUCCCAUUGGUUGGAAGAUGAAGAAAGUCUACUUUUACGAUCAAAACAAGUGUAGAAUAGUAAUAAUAGUGAUAGUAUUGACUAAAUAACGACUAACUGUAAUAAAGUUAACUUGUUAGUAUACCUAAACAAGUGAAUGAGUAACUACUACUCAAUCUACUGCAAUUCUUUACACUUCAACAAGUAAGUCCUGAUUAUAUAUAACUGUGUUCUCCUUAUUAUUAUCAUUAUUACUAUUGUUACUAUUAUUAUUAUUAUUCACGACUUAUAUUCACUUCUUUUACUGAAUCAAUUUAAUGAAUCAAAAAAGAGAAUAUCAUUACUUCAUGAUGUAUAUAGUCAUUACUCUUGCUUGCUCCAUACAGUCAGUUUAUGUUAUCUUAUCUAUUCAAAUAAAUAAAUAAAUAAAUAAAAGUAUUAAUAGUAGUAACAAUGAUGAUGAACUUAAAGGUUUGAAAGAACACUUUGUUGUACAUAGACUUCUUUAUUGAUUUGUUUGAUUUUAUUUCAUUGGUUUUCUCCGUUUUUGCAUCUCACUUUCUCUCUCUCUGGGUUCAUCAUCGAGCAAGCAAAGGUAUAUGUGGCAUUUCUUGUCAUCAUCAUCACCACUACUACUGUCAUCAGUACAUUACUUAAUUCUUUUCUUUUUCUACUCAAUACUACUGAUAAUAAUAAUAAUGUACCUUUACAAAAAA